AUGGUCAAGUUCACUUACACCGGAGCUGCGGUGCUCUGCUGUCAAGCCGCCUUGUCGUCUGCCCUUGCUAUAAGAGCUGAAAGCCGCCCUACAGCUACAAUCGAUUCGGGAGUUCUCAUCGGCACCUCUGUUCCGAAGUCUGCAGCUGCGUCCACCGGGGCCCAUACUGUCCACAGAUAUCUCGGCAUUCCUUUUGCAAAGCCGCCAGCAAGAUGGAAGCUACCGGAGAAGCCGGAUACCUGGCAAGACGCCCGUGAUGCGAGCCAGUUUGCCAAUGCCUGCCACCAACAGUUUGGGUCGGGUUCCAAAAACGCAAAGCUCCUCGAACAGUAUUUCAAUACUCCGCCAGCUUCGGUUCCCGAUAGCGAGGACUGCUUAUACUUGAACGUGUUUGUGCCCGCUUCCGCCAGCCCGGGCUCUAACAAAACUGUCAUGUUUUGGAUCCAUGGAGGUACUGAUUCAUCCGGUACUGCGGCACUGCCCGAAUAUGACGGCACGAAUCUAGCUGGCAAUCAAGAUGUGAUAGUUGUUACGACCAACUACCGUCUAAACCUCUUUGGCUUUCCUUCAUCACCCGACAUCCCAGAGGGAGAAAGGAACUUAGGCCUACAUGACCAGCGCUUGGCCCUCGACUGGGUACAGCGCAAUAUCCAGUCCUUCGGUGGUGACCCCAACAAGGUCACCAUUUUCGGACAGAGCUCCGGCGCCAGAAGUGUGGACAACCUUAUAACAACGCCUCCCGAUCCUGUGCCUUUUGCGGCUGCCAUUAUGGAGUCCACCGAGCCCGAAAUCGGCAUGACCGGCUCGGACAAGCAAAAAGCAGCAUGGAACUCCCUAGUCGCAGGCGCCAACUGCAACUCUACAGCCGACGUUCUCGAGUGCAUGCGCCAGGUCCCUGCUGCGAAGCUGGAAAGCAUUGCUGAGGACAACAAACUCAGCUUCACAGCUGCUCCCGACGGAGGCGUGACGUUUGCCAACUCCAUUGCCACACGACGGUCCUCAUCCGUGCUGAAUCCCAGGUCCAUCGCGCGCGUGCCCCUCUUAAUCGGUUCCAACGCCAACGAAGCGACGCCGUUCCUCACGGGCGGCGUCACGCUGGAUGCGGUGAUGGCUGCGUUCCUGGGCAACGCGACAGCAAAGCUGUUCCUCGAAACAUAUCGUCCCAGGUACAAGGGCUUUGCCAGCCCGGAGGAGCGCGACGAGGCCCUGGUCACCGAGUUCAUCUAUACCUGCCCCACGGCUCGCCUGGCGGGCGAUUCCACCUCUAUCAAGAUUCCGACGUGGCGCUACUUUUACAAUGCCAGCUUUGCCAACACGGAGCUGUUCCCUGGCAGCGGCGCCUAUCACUCAGCAGAGAUACGACCCGUCUUUGGGUUCUAUCCCAGGGCAGACGCCACGCCGUUCGAGGUCGAAAGCGCCAAGGAUAUCCAAAAGUCAUGGGCUGACUUUGCAAAGGACCCUACCGGGGGACUUGGUUGGCCUCAAGCGCCCUCGGUGCAGGUAUUGGGUGGUGGCGCCAGACCUGGCGAAAGCGAUGAAGGCCGCGUCGCGUCAGCAAAUGUUUCGGCGUCCGCGGUAGAUGCUCGAUGCGGCAUGUAUAAGCCCAUUUAUGACGCGAUACAGACUGCAGGAGUUCUCGGAAAUGUCAUCAACUCCCUCCUCGGAAAGCAUUGA